UCGUCCAGCAAUGGCGAAUUCUUUCCUGCGGUAAAUAUGUGGUUUGCCAACCAUUUUCCCCCGAGCCUUCAGAAUCUCGAGUCUGUGGGAGGUGCUCCGACAGCUCGCUGGGAAGUGCCUCUGAAGGAUGGGGUGCACAUUUUGGAAUUUGAACACGGCACGGCAACAGGUCGCCGAGUGGUGAAAAUCGAUGGUAAAGUCGUACUCAAUCGAGAAUGGAUGUUCCGAUUGGUCGGAGACGAAAUUAUUACUUUCGGAGACACCAAAUUUCACAUAAGGGUCGAUCCUAUACCAGGCUUAAAAUAUUCCUACAGCCUGUGGGUGAAUGGAGAAUCUUACAAGAAUUUCAUUCAAUCGCAAAAUCAAGUACUCGAAACUUGGUGCGCUCAAGUUGGACCGGACGAGUAUCGAAUUAUUUUAGAAAAGAGUACGCAAAACGUGUGGGUGAACGGGGAAUCGAUCGAGCCCCGCUUCGAGUUCAUCGACAACGGAGCGGAAAUAGUAUUCGCUUUGGGUGAUGUGCCAGCCAGCAUACGCACGAGCAGUCCAGGCUGCAAAAACGCCUCGAUCAUCUACACCCUGUACGUGAACGGCGUCGAAAUAACUCAACAAAAUCUGGAGGACGGCGUGACGGAAUGACGUGCGCUGCUGCGAGCACAUAUAGUAUAGUACUCAAAAGAUGUUUUAAGAUUUCAAGAUUACGUAAUGAUAUUUUUGUAUUAAAAAUGGAAAACAAUAAAUACGUCUCGAUUUUGC